AGCAAUCAACAAAGAAUAGUCAGUUGAGCCGGCCGGAACAUACACAUCAGACGCAGUAGCCGCGAGCGAAGUUCCCGAGCUGCGCCAUCCCAAUUUCUUUUUGUGUACAAGUUGUCACAACAUAUUUACCACCACAGUUAUCGAAAAUGGCUGUUAGCAACAUGUCUUUGCGUGCCUUAAGGAACACCAACGUUGUGGGAUUGGUUUUCGUGCGAAAGCUCUCCGUUCUGCAGAUCAACAGAAAUUUGUCGAUUAUCAGUGAGGAGAAAAAGAAAGGGAAUGUUGUUAAUUUGACGUUGGAACGGCCUGACGACAAACCGUUGGUUGUCAUGUUAAGUUGGUUGAUGGCGAAGAAAAAGAACAUAUUCAAGUACGCUGACAUCUACUUGAAGGAAGGUUUCGACGUUCUGAACGUGAACGUCAGUCCGUGGCAGUUGUUAUGGCCGACGAAGGGAACACAGGUCGUCGCCGGGGACAUUCUGAACUUUUUGGAGAGGAACGUGUCCUACAGUCCAGUGGUGUUGCAUGGAUUUUCCGUGGGCGCCUACCUAUGGAGCGAAAGUCUGGUUCAAAUGGCCAGAGAAAUGGACCGGUACGCCCCGAUCAUGAACCGGAUCCAGGGCCAAGUUUGGGACAGCGCCACCGACAUCACCGAAAUCUCGAUAGGAUUACCGGUCGCUGUCUUCCCCCGCAAUCGAGUUUUGCAAGCCGCUUUAAAGAAAUAUGUGGUUUACCAUUUGAACGCGUUCGACAAAAUAGCCACGUGCCAUUACGUGAGAGCCAGCCAAAUGUUCCACACUAACAUCGUGAAAGCUCCGGCUUUGUUCUUCCUCAGCAAAUCUGAUCCGAUAGGUGCGUUGUCUGCGAACAGCAGGGUCAGAGACAGUUGGGAAAAUUCCGGUAUUAAAGUCAGAUGGAAUUGCUGGGAUAAGUCGCCGCACGUCGGACAUUUAAGGGCGCACACUCAAAAGUACACGGAGGAGUUGACGGCCUUCCUCAAGGAGGUCAAGGAGAAUGGAAGAACUGUUGAAGCUGAGAAGCUGCGAGUCAAGUUGUAAAUACUAUUUGACCGAACUGAUCAAAUUUAGAUUAGAGCAUAUUUUAUAUUAAAAUCUCAGACUAUAUGGGGUUAAUUUUGUGUGGGAUAACGUUUUAUAUUAAAAUAAGAUAAUCUUCAUCUAGAAGUUAUUUGAUUUUGAAAAUUCUAAAUGUUCAAUAUUCAGAAUGGUUAGUACAAAUGAAGUCGGCUCUUUUGUCUUUACCCAUGACGCUAUUGUGAUAAACGAGAAUUGGACGUGUGAUUCUGAUUAUUACUUAAGUGUGAUGUAAUUAAUAUAUUACGCAGUAUUGAGUUGGUUGGAUAAUAUUUAAAAUAUCAUAAAUUGGACCAUGGAUAAUAAAUGUUCAAUAAUUUCUUUGAUUUCAAUUUCAUUUAUAACUAAUUAAACAGAAAUUUAGUUUAAAUAUACAUAUAUAAUUUAAA